UAUCACAGCUGGUUGCUGAAACGAUUUGCUUUACCAGAGUUCCUUCAGAGUAACAACACAUCAGGUGCUUGAAAAGAAUGUGAAGCAAAAUUGGGACAACUGAACAGAAGAGUCACCAGAUAAGGCCUUAUGUGUUCACCAUUUACUUCAUCGUCCUACAUGGUGCACCUUGAUCUGACUGUAACCCAUGUUGACUGUCAUCCAGAAAACAUACUGGUAUAUUUUUGGGCGCAGUACUGCAACAUAUGUGAAUUGGACUAUCAUAUAUUACAUACUGAGAUUCAGAAUGCAACGAAGACCAGUGCUGAUAUUGCAGUUGAUGAGUUUUGUUUUGCAGAGGAUCCUUACCAAGGUGUAUGGUAUCGAGGAAGGAUAAUAAGAAAACAUGAAGAUGCGUAUGAGGUUUUCCUCCUAGAUGUUGGGGCGGUCUUGAUAGUUGAUGCUGGGCACAUUGCUCCUGCCUCUCAGAAUCUGUUUCAACUGCCCCCAAAAAUAGUAUGUGGUGUAUUUUCAAAUAUAGUUCCUGUAAGAAGAAUAUGGUCCCCAAUGGCUCUCAAAUAUUUUGCAUCAUUGGCAUCCUCUCAAAUCAAAGGUUAUGUUGAAGAUUCCUUAAUGAACCAAAUUGUUUUAGUAGAAGUCCCAACUGUUAAUCAAAAACUCCUUGAACUUGGCGUAGCAAAAAUUCUUGAUGGCAACACUUUCCAUUUCCUAUUGAAUAUAUCUGAAGAUUUACUGAGAUAUCCCGGUUAUAAACAUUCUAAAAUUAAAAGAACAAAUGUAGAAUGCUGGAGACCUGUGCUGGAUAACACCAUUACAUUAUCAUCAAGUUUUCAACAUAUUGUGAAUGUUUUCAGUCCAAGUUUGCAAGCUGGUGUUAUAGAAUCAGUAAGAAUUACAUGUGCAUCAGGACUUCAUAACUUUUACAGCCAACUGCAAAAACUGACUUCAGAGCUAGAAACGAUGAUGAAAGAUAUGCAUUAUUAUUAUGAAAACCAAGAAGAAGAUUUAAAUGAUGAACAUCUUAAUAAUUUUGGUGCACUCUGUGCUGCAAAAGGUAAAGAUGGAAAAUGGUACAGGGGAAUUGUAAAGCAGCUGUUAACUUCUGGCCAAGUAGAAAUUUGGUUUGUGGAUUUUGGAAAUUCAGCAAUUGUAUUUCCUCAUCAUAUUAAAAAAUUGAUGCCAGUUUUUUUCAUGAUGCCUUUGAUGUCAUUUCCCUGUGCACUAACUGGCUUAGCAAACCAAACAAAAGACUGGAUACAUUUACAGAAAGAAAUUUUUAAGCAAUCCUUGUUUGACGAAGGAUUACACAUUCGUAUUGAUUCCUACUCCUGCAAAGAACAUCUAUACUUUGUUACACUCUGUGAUCCCAAAAACAUUAAUAUCCAUCAGAUGACUGAAAAGUUGUCAGCAAUUAAACAGAAAACUGAAAGUGUCCCAAAGGUGAUUGCAAGUAAGGAUACAAGCAAACAAUUUGUAACAUUUUCAGGAACGAUGAUAAGCACAACUGGAAAUCUGGCGAGUAAUGCAAUGCAUUAUAGUUUAAGAUCUGCUGAGAUGAAAGUAAAUGCUUCCUAUGUUGGAUUUGUUGAAUAUGUUAUUAAUCCAUCUGACUUUUGGAUUCGCACAUCAGAAUACAAUCACAAAUUUGAAUGUUUAAUGAACAACAUUGAAGUUAAUAACAACAAAAUUGACAUAAAUGAAGGACUCAUCCAAAAACCAAUGGCUGGCUUAUUUUGCUGUGCAAGAUACAGUAAAGAUCUACAUUACUACAGAGCAAUUAUUACUGAUGUACUUGACAACUGCCUAAAAGUAUUUUUUGUUGAUUUUGGAAAUACUGAAAUUGUAGAUUUUACUGCUGUAAAAUCUCUGCUUCCCCAAUAUAAACAUUUGCCAUCUUUGGCUAUGAACUGUUCAAUUGCUCGUGUUUUUCCUAUUGAGGAAGUGUGGACUAAUGAUGCCACUGACUACUUUAAAAAAGCUGUAUUUAACAGAGAACUUUUAAUCAAAGUAGUCUCAAAACAAGGAAACAGAUAUAUAGUCGAUGUUCGAGACACACAAUGCAUGGAUCAGCCAUCUGUGAGUGCACUGAUGCUUCAGGCUGGAUAUGCUGACUUUUGGAAUGUAAAGGCAGACGAUAAUUUGCCUCAACAAAAUCAUAAACUGAAGUAUUCAGGAAAUAAAGCAAUCAAGCUAACCAAAAGUGAAACAAGGAUAUGCACAGAUAAAAACUCCAAGGGGAAUAAAUUGUGCGUCGUUCCAGUUUCUCACACUAAGCUGCCAACUGUAAUGAUGAAAAAUAGUAUUUCAAAUGCACCUCUUACUAUGUCAACACAGACUCAAGAAUUUUUGGUAGCAUCUCCAUUCAGACAAAAAGUGUUUAAACUUGGGUCUGAUCUUGAUGUGAGAGUGUCUCAUAUAAAUUCUCCAGCAGAAUUUUGGUGUCGACUGCAAAGUAAAUCAGAUCAACUUGAGUUGCUUAUGAAGAGUAUCCAACUUUAUUACAGUAUUCCAAGGGAGACUGUUCAACCUAAACAUACUGGGUGUGUUGCAAAAUGCUCCAAGGAUGGAAAGUGGUAUAGAGCAGCAGUUAUUCAAAGAAAUAUCCAAGAGGUUACUGUAUUGUUUGUUGAUUAUGGUAUCCAACAAAGAACGGCUAUGAGUAACCUUUGUGCUAUUAAUCCAACAUUUCUUCAGCUGGAAGGGCAAGCUUUUAGAUGCACUCUUAACAGCAAAAUUCAGUCCCAAAAUAAAGACCCUGAUGUUUGGGAUCAAGUGUCCAGUAACACGUUUAAGCAGAUUAUUGCCAACAUGUUGUCAUCUGGCAUGGGUCUGAAAUGCACAAUACUUGCAAUGGUUUUGUUGGAUGGAAAGGGACUGUGUAAUGUAGUAGAUCUUCAUGCUCCAUAUAUUAAUGUAUGCCAACUACUUUUGGACUUGGGGUUAGCCACAAAUGUCAAAUCAACAUUUUUAUUCAAUUCUUCAAUUCAAUUGUUAACAUUUUGUUACAGUGGUCAUGGCAUAAAAAUAGGAAGUGAAGAAAAAGUCUAUAUAACACAUGCUUCUAGUCUAUCAAAAUUCUAUUGCCAACUUGAGAACAAUACUGUGGUUGUGGAUAAACUAAUGACUGAUGUUAACUUUAUAAGUAAACAAAUACAAGAACAAAAAUUGGACUUGAGCAAGACCUCUUUGUGCUUAGCUAAAUAUUUUGAAGAUGGCCAGUGGUAUCGUGCUCUAGCCUGUUCUGUGCAGUCGCCUGCACAUUUUAGAGUAUUCUUCAUAGACUAUGGAAACACAGAAAUAGUUGACAAAAAUGAUGUGGUUCCAAUUCCGCUGGAAGCAAAGGAACUGUUAUCAAUACCUAUACAAGCAGUGAAGUGUUGUUUGUAUCUUCCUGUUCAGAAACUGCCUGAUGACAUUAUCACCUUAUUUAAAGAGACUGUGAUGGGAAAGCAACUGAAAGCCUUUGUUGUAGCAAAGAAAUCUGAUGGUCAGUUGGUUCUUGACCUUUAUGAUGGCAAUGUAAAAAUCACUACUAAAAUAACAGACCACCUUACUGGAAGCGAGAGGAGAUGCCUUGAUGAUGAACGGUGGCAACGUACCAAUUUCUACCUAACAAAUGUAGUCAAAUUCUCAGAACAAAUGAGUAAGCAACCUGGUUAUUUUGUGCACUUGAUAAACGAAACAAAAGGACUGAUCAGUUCCUUCCCGAGAGCAGACCUAUGCCAUAGGGGAUGUAAAAAUAAAGACCAGAACAGUUCUCUUAAUAUAGAAAAUGCACAUCAUAAAAGAAGGGAUAAAAGUAGAACCUCUAAACACGGCCGACAGAAAAUUGCACCAAAAUAUAAUUUACAUCCAGCAAAAUUGCGGAAAGCAUGCACCAUAAAGAACUCGAGUGGAACAGUGCAUCUAGACAAGACCAGAUACCAUGUAUGGAAGACCAAGAUGAUACUUUGUGUGAUUAAUUCUGGAGAAAUAUCAACACCAACUAUACUUUGUUUUCCUGCGCAAAACAUUGCUGCAUUAUCAGAUGUUAAGCAUAGUUUUGAAAUGGUUUGUCGAAGUAGGAAGAGAACUCCUGCAAAAUCGUUUACUCAAAAUUCCAACAGAUUGAGCGGAAUGUUUGGUUGUGGCAUUUUGGAAGUUGAUGCUGCUUCGCUUUCUAAAAAACACACAAAAUUGGUCCAUGCAAACGAUGUCACCAUUAUAUUGAAAGAUUGCUUGCUUGAUUUGGACGGAUGGAUGAAUAAAAUGGCUUUUGCAGAUAUGAACGUCGCAACAGCGGUUAAUCAUUAUAUGCCAUCAAAACCUUUGCUUUCUGCUGCGAGUAACAUGACAUGCUUAUCAACGUUGAACCUAAUUGCAUGUGGCCUCAUCCAGCCAACUAAAGAAUACUGCAGCUUUGCUACUUCUGUGAUUGAUCCAUCGGAAUUCUAUAUUCAACUGUAUGAUACAUUUGAUGUGAUGAUAACCCUCUAUUCAUUACUGACAGAGUUACCAGAAAAGUUUCAAGCAUUAUCUCUAGAUUCCUUGAAUCCUGGUACAACUUGUCUAAUCAAAUUUGUCAAUGAUAAGCAGUGGUACAGGGCUGAAAUUUGCACAAUGUCACAACAGGUAGUUCAUGCCAGAGCUGUUGAUUAUGGACAUUAUAUCUUCAUCCAGCCUUCAGAUUUUAGCAAAAUAAGGGUACUUAUUAAAGAACUUCCUGAAAUACCAUGCUUAACUAAUCCCUGCAGUUUAAAUGGAGUUGUGCCUGCAAUAAGAGAUUUUUGGACAGAUAAAGCUAUCACCUUCUUUCAACAUUCUUUGAACAAGCCAAAUUUGACUGUUAUUUUCAGACGGCAUUUUACUGAGUUAGCCUGGGAAGAGGACCUUGUUAUAAAUAACAAGUGUGUGGCAGUAGAUUUAGUUGAUGCUGGGCUUGCUGAAUUUCUGAAAGGAAUUAUUAACUUCUCCACGAGAUGUACAUUCAGUUCUGCAGAAGUUUUUCGGACUAUGACUGUUCCCAUCUUCAAACGUCAAUUUGAUAAACAUGGUGACCUGCAAAUUUAUCAAGGAAUUAGUCCAUCUAUGAGAAAUAUGAAGCUAUCUGUUUAACAACAAAAGAUAUGAGACAACUUUCUGAAGAUGUCUUCACCCAAAAAGCAUUGAUCAAGACUGGCCUUUGCUAUACAAAUGUUCACUGACAUGCGCUGCAUUGAAUCAUGAUCAGAAUUGAUUGGAGAGUUUUGAGAUUACAAAUAAUAAUGAGGGAAUGUGUAGAAUAUUACUUUGAAAUUUUCCACACUAUUUCAUUGAAGGAUAUCAUAAAUACAAAUGUACUUAAUCUGGUACUAGGGUUAAUUGUAAAACAAGUUUAAACAAUCGUUACAAGUUAGUGAAAACAAAGAAUCUCACCAAGAUUGGAAUGUGGAUUUUGUUUUGAAACAAUAUUUGUAGAUUUAUUUUGUUGAAGUUAGCAAGUUUAAAUGUACUUAAUUAGUAAUGGAAACUGUUAUUUGUACACAAAUGCUUGAAGAUUUUAAAUUAAAAUCUGAAACACUGA